AUGAAUCGACCGUCAAGACCUUCACUUGAAGAGGAGCUUCAGAACAUCUGCGAUCAAAUUUUUGAAAAUUUCUGUAAUAAAUAUGGUGACAAAUCGACUUGGGAGGAGCUAGACCCUUCUAAAACGUACGUCCCCUCCUUCUAUUUACGUGGUCAUCGACAUAUUCACUCCAAGAAGUCGAUAAAAUCCAGUGCUGUAAAACGCCUGGAUUUCACAAUUUGCAGACCCAAUACCAAAUACCCUUCCGGUGAUUUCCAGACUAAUCAACCAAAGCUAUCUACUUCGAUUAAGGAGUCGGUUUCAACUUUAAAACAACUGAAUUUCCCAAUCAAAAAGUCUACCUACCCACCAGCAGGAGAUAGUACAAAGGGAGAUGUUCCCGGUCCCAGCUCAACUGGAGUCAAAUUUGAGAAAGAAAAUGUCACCAACCAGUCUAGAUCUUCGAUUAAGGAUAUUAGUGCAGAAAAUGUUGAGCAGAUAUCGACAAAAUCUCGAUUUCCAUUGAAUGAAAACUCACCAGGUGUAUGGUACCCCAUUUUGUAA